ACACCCAGAACCAAAAAAGGUAAAAAAAAAAUUCCUGUUUUUGAAGCUUUUCUUUUUACCCUUUAAAUUAACCCUUCUAGAGAGAUGGAAAGCAAAAGGGAGAAAAUCUUUGGCCUAUAUAAGGGAGUGGAAAGUGAAGCAGUGAGAUCCAAAAGAAAAGUAGCUAAUUCUAAUUAAUUAAGUUGUGAUGAAAAUUAUGAUGGACGGUGGAGAUGAGUUGCAGAGAUCGGAGAUUAAUGGCGGCGGUGAAACUGAUGAGAAAUGGGUUCGUGAUUCUUCUGUUGAUUACAGAGGCAGAAUUCCUCUCAGAGCCUCCACUGGUGCUUGGAAAGCCUCUCUCUUCAUCAUCGCGAUCGAGUUCGGUGAGAGGCUGAGCUACUUUGGGAUCGCGACGAGUUUAAUAAUUUACCUCACCAGAGUGCUUCAUCAAGAGCUGAAGACGGCGGCGAGGAGCGUUAAUUACUGGACCGGCGUCACCACCCUCAUGCCCCUCCUCGGCGGCUUCCUCGCCGAUGCUUACUUCGGCCGCUACGCCACCGUUCUUCUCUCUUCCAUUCUCUACCUCUUGGGUUUGAUUCUGUUAACAAUGUCUGCUUUGGUUCCAAGUUUGAAAGCCUGUGGGGGUGAUGAGCAGGUGUGUUUGGAACCCAGGAAGAGGCAUGAGCUCAUCUUCUUCCUGGCCAUUUACUUGAUCUCCAUAGGCACCGGCGGCCACAAGCCGUCUCUGGAGAGCUUCGGCGCCGACCAAUUCGACGACGACCACUCCCAAGAGAGGAAGAAGAAGAUGUCUUACUUCAACUGGUGGAACUUCGGCCUCUGUUCUGGCCUCUUGUUUGGCGUCACCUUCAUUGUUUAUAUACAGGAUCACGUCAGCUGGGGAGCUGCAGAUCUUAUUCUCACCGCCGUCAUGGCGGUGUCCGUCCUCAUUUUCGUCGCCGGUCGCCCAUUUUAUCGCUACCGCCGGCCGUCUGGGAGCCCCCUGACGCCGUUGUUGCAGGUGCUUGUGGCCGCCAUUCGGAACAGGAGGCUUCCUCACCCUUCGAGUCCUUCUCUGUUGCAUGAAUUUCCCAAGACUGCGAAUGGCCAUGGCAGGUUCUUGUGCCACACCCCCAACCUCAAAUUUCUUGACAAGGCGGCCGUUUGUGAGGGCACCGGAGGUCCGGCGGAGAAGCAAAAUCCAUGGCGGCUAGCGACGGUGACGAAGGUGGAGGAAAUGAAGCUAAUUUUGAACAUGAUACCCAUUUGGUUGGCGACUCUGCCCUUCGGAAUGACCAUAGCCCAAACCUCGACCUUCUUCAUCAAACAAGCCGCCAACCUUAACCGGAAGAUCGGCGACGGCUUUCUCCUCCCGCCGACCACCAUCUUCUGCCUGGCCGCCGUCGCAAUGCUCGUCUCUCUCACCAUUUAUGAUAAGCUGCUGGUGCCCAUGCUCCGGCGAACCACCGGCAACGAGAGAGGCAUUAACAUUCUCCAAAGAAUUGGCAUUGGAAUGCUCUUCGUCGUAGCCACCAUGAUAAUUGCAGCUUUAGUGGAGAAAAAGAGACUCCAGGUGGCGGCGGACAAUCCAAAAACAGGCUCCCUAACAAUGUCAGUAUUCUGGCUAGCUCCGCAGUUCGUGAUCGUCGGAUUCGGUGACGGCUUCGCCAUCGUGGGUCUACAAGAGUACUUCUACGACCAAGUUCCGGACUCCAUGCGAAGCCUCGGCAUCGCGUUUUACCUGAGCGUAAUAGGCGCCGGCAGUUUUCUGAGCAGCCUUCUCAUCACGGUGGUCGACGACAUCACCGGCCGGACCGGCAACAGCUGGUUCGGCAAGGAUCUCAACAGCAGCCGCCUCGACAAAUUCUACUGCCUCUUGGCCGCCGUGUCCGCCGCCAAUCUGUGCGUCUACGUCCUCAUCGCCCGCCGCUACUCCUACAAGAAUGUGCAGCGCCAUGUCGCCGUCGCCGAUUGCUACCAUGAUGAAGCUCGUGAAACUGAAACUACUGGAGCGGCCAUGGCUUGAGAGUUGAGGCAUUUUAAUUAACUUCUACUCCCUCGUGUUAUGUUUAGUGAUUAAUGGAGAUUUUAGUGUCUUUGGUUUAUGUUAUUGAGGGGUAAAAGGGUAAUUUUAUAUACAAUAUAAAACAUUUCUAUCCAAGUAUAUAUGUGUACCAAAUUUUAUUAGUAAUAAGAGUCUAUGUAGGUUUUCAGAAUAA